AUGGCGGCCAGCAGCAGGCUGAUGAAGGAGCUUGAAGAAAUCCGCAACUGUAGAAUGGAAAACUUCCGUAACAUCCAGGUUGACGAAGCUAAUUUAUUUACUUGGCAAGGGCUUAUUGUUCCUGACAACCCUCCAUAUGAUAAGGGGGCCUUCAGAAUCGAAAUCAACUUUCCGGCCGAGUACCCAUUCAAACCACCGAAGAUCACAUUUAAAACAAAGAUCUAUCACCCGAACAUCGACGAAAAGGGGCAGGUCUGUCUGCCAGUCAUUAGUGCUGAAAACUGGAAGCCAGCAACCAAAACCGACCAAGUAAUCCAGUCCCUCAUAGCGCUGGUGAAUGACCCCCAGCCCGAGCACCCGCUUCGGGCUGACCUAGCUGAGGAAUACUCUAAGGACCGUAAAAAAUUCUAUAAGAAUGCUGAAGAGUUUACAAGGAAAUAUGGGGAAAAGCGACCUGUGGACUAAAAUCUGCCACGAUGGGUUCCAGCAAGUGUGAGCAGAGAUCCCGUGCAGUGCAUUCAGACACCCCUUAAAGCAGGACUCUAGAGAUUCAUACGUGCCACCGCCUGGCGUUCCCUUGUGGCAGUUACUAACUUUCUACAGUUUUCUUAAUCAAAAGUGGUCUAGGUAACCUGUAAAGAAAAGAUUAAAAAUUUAAGAU